GGAUUUGUUGUUAAAAGAGCGUUAGACAAACGAUUGGACUUAGCGAUAACUGGAUAACGACACGACACCAAUUAUCAUCCGUCCAUCUUCGUCCCUCGAAGAGGAGGAACACCGCCACGGCCGCGAAAAAUCCUUCCAUUGUUUCCGCUUGUUAUUCCCCCCGGCGAAAAACAAAGGAAAAAUACAAGUUGCCAUCACCAUGGAAUGGAAAAAAAUACGGUACACGUAACGAGGAUGGAAGGCGAGAACGAGAACGUCCCUUAUUAACCAAUCCAUAUAAUCCUCUCCACCUCCAGUUUUCGCUUAAUUGCGCAUCGCGCGCAUGCUAUUUAUCCACGGAUUAAAUAUCCGCGCGAGGUAAUGUCCAGUGUCAAAACGUCGGUGAACGGUGAACAUGAAGCACCUUCUUCUCUUCGUUACUCUCCUCGGCCUCUCCUUGGUCGGCGCAUUGUCGUCCGAAUACUCGAGCAUUUCUAGCGACAGCACCAGUCGGGAGAAACGCAGCCCUGACGAUGGCGGCCCUCCUUACGGCCCACCUCCUCACGGCCCACAUCCGCCUGGACCUCCUCCAUCCGGGCCUCCUCCGUCAGGACCUCCUCCGGAAGACAUGAUGGAUCAGUUAGCUGAAGGAUCGUCGAACCUGGAGGAAUCGAGGAGCAAGAGAUCCGCUCAAAACAUGCCUAUGCCGGGUGGCAUGGGCGACAUGGGAGCUGGAAUGGGAGCUAGCAUGGGAGCCAGCAUGGGAGGCGGCGCUGGAGGAGGCAUGGGAGGUGGCGGGUCUCGCUUGAGAAACAAAAGAUCCGCUCAAAACAUGCCUAUGCCGGGUGGCAUGGGCGACAUGGGAGGUGGUAUGGGAGCUAGCAUGGGAGCUAGUAUGGGAGGCGGCGCUGGAGGUGGUAUGGGAGGUGGCGGGUCUCGGUUGAGGAAUAAGAGAGCGGCUGAGAGUCCUAUGGAAGGAAGAAUGUACGAUAUGGGAGACGAUAUGCCAAACAGGCCGUCUCAAGUGAGAAGUAGAAGAGCGGCGGAAAAUCCCAUACCAGGGAUGGGAGGUGGUAUGGAAGGUGGAGUUAGCAUGGGUGUUAACUUUGGAGCUGGCGCGAAAGCUGGUGCUGGUGGAAGUUCGGCAAACUAAGAACGACAACACUUAUUCGCCAAGGUUCAUCAUAGUAUGAAACAGUUACAAGUAGGAUCGGAUAAUUUUUAGAUAUGGUCAAGGGACUACUGUACUGUAGUUUAGAUUAAAAUGUUGGAAUAAAUCGAUUUGAUAAAGGAAAAGAAAAGAAACAA